CUGUAACCCAACAAGUCUGGUAAACGAGAAACAACAACACGAAAUGGUAAUGGAUGCAACUCAACCCCAACAACCAUCACCACAAUCGGUUGGACGUGAAUUUGUCCGUCAGUACUAUACGUUGCUGAACAAGGCUCCAAAUCAUUUGCAUCGUUUCUACAAUAACAAUUCUUCGUUUAUACAUGGCGAAUCGACACUUGUUGUUGGCCAAAAGAACAUUCAUAACCGCAUCCAACAAUUGAACUUCCAUGAUUGUCAUGCAAAAAUAAGUCAAGUCGAUGCUCAGGCUACUUUGGGCAAUGGUGUUGUGGUUCAGGUUACCGGUGAAUUAUCCAACGAUGGCCAACCUAUGCGUCGUUUCACCCAGACGUUCGUUCUGGCUGCCCAGUCACCCAAAAAAUACUACGUGCACAACGACAUCUUCCGUUAUCAGGACAUGUAUUCGGAUGAAGAGGCCGACGGUGAAUCUCGUUCUGAAAACGAUGAAGAACACGACCAGCAACAACAAUUGCCGCCACAAGUGCAGACUGUUGCUGCUACGAAUGACCAGUCGGGUCAGGUGGUAAACGCUGCCAGCGACCAGCAGCAACCAUUGUCGGGUCAGGUUCUUGCUGGUGGCGGUACUGGUGGUGGUGUAUUGCCACAACAACCCACAGCAGCACCUGUUUACUAUCCAUUGCCGGCUGCAGGUGGUCGUCCUAUAACAGUAUUGCAACCUCCUCCCGGGGUCGCUGCUGUACCAAUUGCUGCUGCAAAUUUCACUAAUGCCACCGGUGUUCCCCCUCAGCAACAACAACAGCAACCGGUGCAGACGAAUGCUGCUGGCGUUGCUCAACAGUUGAACGGAGUUGUGUCUCACGAAGAACUUAUUUCCAAUAUGCCACAAGCUGUUCCACAGCCGCAAUUAGCUAAUCAAUCCCCUUCUCCUGUAAUGCCACAGACUGGAGGUGUUGUUCCAGUGGGAAAUACUCCAGUUCUUAAUGCUCAGACACCGGUUGGUGUGGCUGGUGGCGUUCCCGUAGCAAGUGGCACAACUACCACCACUUUGCAGCAAACAACUGGCGGUGCCACCAUACAGAAUUAUCAACAGUCACCUAUUAUUCAAUCACAUAUCCUUCCACAACAACCGCAACCACAACCGCCUCAACAGCAAAUACCAACACCUAUGCAACAACAACAGCAACAGACUCCACUACCCAACACACCUUCCCAACCGCCACAGCAGCAACAAUCUCUACAACAGCAACAUCAGCAACAAACUCAAACACCUCUGUCCUCUGCUGCUACAAAUGUUGCUGACGUUGACGAUUCCUUAGCCAACAAUCAGGCAAAUACAGUUUCUUCAUCGGUUGCAACAUCAGUGCCAUUGGCCGCUGAACAACAAACUCGCCCCAAUACAGCCGCCAAUGUGGUAGCCAGUGGCCAAACUGUUUCUUCAUCACCCAGCACAGUGCUUGAACCACCCACACCAGCUCCAGUGGUCGAAGAUUUCAAGACCAUUAAUGAACAGCAACAACAGGAGAAAUACGAAGCGGCUAAACAACAACAGCAACAACAGAACGAACCCAAAACCUAUGCCAAUCUAUUCAAAUCGUCAUCUUCCUCGCCCAGUAGUUUCGUCAAUGCUGCCAUGCAACAGCAACAACAAAUCCAACAACAACAACAGCAGCAACAACAACAAUCCGUUGGCGGUAAUAGUAUGUAUGGAAAUAAUGCGUCCACGAUUAACUCCAGUUCAUAUUCUCAAUCGGCUAGUUCGACGGCAUCGAUGUCCGUAUACAGUAAUCGUAAUAGCGAUAAUGGUUCUUCCAUUCGUCAGGAUAAUAAUAAUGGACAAGUUGGCACUGGUGCUGGACCAUUACCCCAACGAUCAAAUACUAAGGGAUUCAAUAAAGAUUUUGAUCAACGUCGCACUAGUAACUCUCAACAGUUCGGCGACAAUCAACAAUUGUUCCUUGGCAACAUUCCUCAUCAUGCAUCCGAGGAAGAACUGAAAUCUUUGUUCAGCCAAUUUGGUUCUGUCGUUGAUUUGAGAAUUUUAUCGAAGAGUAGUGGUAAAAUUCUUCCUGGUGGUAGAAAUCCAUUAAACUAUGGUUUUAUUACAUACAGUGAUCCCGAAGCGGUACAAAAUUGUCUGGCAAAUUGCCCCCUCUACUUCCCGGACAACUCACCGGAUGGUCAAAAAUUAAAUGUCGAAGAGAAAAAACCUAGAGCACGUACCAACGAUAUGCCACAGCGUCAAAAUAUGGGCAGUGGCAUGAAUAACAUGAAUAAUAACCAACGUAAUAUGUCUAGUGGUGGACCACCAUCCCGAUCUCUGUCGAAUUCGGGCAGUGGUGGUGGCAGCAUGAUGCGUGGCAACAGUGCUGGUGGCAACAACAAUAGUAUGUCACGUGGUGGUUCCAGCGGUGGCGGCGGCGGUGCCGGUCCUCGCAUGGGUGGUGCUUUCAAUCGUAACGAUAAUCGUACUUCAAAUGGUGGUAGCGGAUCACAAAUGCGUGGCGGCAACAAUUCACAGACACAAGGCAACAGUUACGGUGUAAGACGCUAACCAUUAAUAUUCUUUUAUCAUCCACAAAAUCCAGCUCCACCACCAUCAUUACAGCCACCUCCACCACAACCACCACCACCAUCAGUUGCAGUACCGACAGCAGUUACAAACACAACGACACCUCGUCCAAUAAAUUGUUAUGCUCCUCCAACCGCUACAACAAUUGUAACAUCAUCAUCAACA